GUUAACGUGCGUAAUAAUCGGCCGGUGUUGUGCAACGUGGUGCACGGCACACAAAGCAUAUGGAGUGCUUCGUCUAAUCUCAAGAUUAGAUCGUCUCAUAGUGUCACUACAGGGAACUAUAAAGGCAAGUCUUGCUAUGGCUGAACAGGGUGCACGGGAGGCUGCUCUGGCUGAGAUGUCAGAUGCCGUCAACUUGGAUCAUUCCCUCCGUGAUUUGUCAAUUAAAGAAACACCACCAGAUUUGACCAACACUAAUGAUAAUGCCAUUGUUGAUGUUGAGGACCCACAGAACCGACUUUCCAAUCCCUUAAAAGAACCAGGAAAUUUCCAAAGUGACCCUGUGACGACACCAUCAGCAAAGUUUACUCAACACGGUGAAAGCUAUGGCGAAGAUCCAUCCAGGACGGAAACAACAUCUGAUUUGUCAACAGGCUAUGAAGACGUAUUUGUCAGAUAUGCAGGGAAAACAUUGGGAACAAUACCUGCAAAAGAAGCAUUCCAUAAAUACAUGGACAAAUAUUUUCCCAAUCUAGAUACAUCGGUCUACAUGACUCCGCCAAUUCCCGUUGGACACCCCCCAGUCAUGAGAGAGAAAACUGACAUUGGAUACAUAUAUGGUCCUGAGUAUUAUUACCUUCUAGGUGAUGAAUCAGAGAAGAGGGUUGCAGAGUGUAUGGAAUACUUCUUUAAACAUCUGGCCGGGGAAAAGGAUCCUGUUUUCAUCAUCACAUCUUACCAUUUUGACGGCUUGCACGACAACAAGUAUGACAAGAAAGGUGAACACGAUGUACUUAUUAUCCAUUAUAGGUAUGGUUUGAUAUUCAUAGAAACAAAGGGAUGUAUGGGUAAAUCUGAUGACGCAGUGAAUAGCGUUAUACAAGCAUGUCUUUCUCAGCAGGAGAAAAAUAGACGUUUUUUUGGAAUAAACUUUCCAGAUGUCAAGGAUGUAUCUACAACAUGCGUCCUUGCAUUUCCAAAUAUAUUGAAAAACUCUUUCUGUACUUUCAAUAAAUCAGUGAAACGUAUUAAAGAAUCAGGAUUUUCAACAGAUGAGUGUCUCUUUCUUGAUAACAUCCCUAGCGUGGAACAAAAUUCGAAAACAAAACAAAACUUAGUGGAAUGGUGGUCGAGAAUGACAAAGAAACAAAGAAAAGGAUUUCAAUCCUUGGAAGAGUACAGAAGUGUUAUUGAAAGAUACGUUGGAGAACAUUCGACCGUCAAGAUUCCAGUAUCUUCAGCCAAACAUGACAAGGAAGGGCCUGGGAGAAGCUAUGGAGAAUGUGUAGCAGGGCUAGGAAACAGAUAUAUGAAUAUUGUUUUGACACCCACCCAGGUUGCCGUCUAUAACACUUUUAUUGACCGGCUAAUUCUCAGAGGAGACUAUGGAUCGGGGAAAACAAUAUUGCUCAUCUUACAGGCUAUCAAAUUGUUGAAACAAGAGAAGAAAGUAUGGGUCAUUAACAUGGCGGAAUCCCCUCUACAUCAUGUCCUUGAAGCUUCAAUUUUGCAUGGAUUAGAGGAAGAUACAGAUGUCCGAAAGCUUCUCAUUUCAAUCCAUGUUACGGACCAACGAUCUCUUAGAAGGGUUCUUGAAACGUGUACAAGAAUUAAGGCAAAUGUUCUCAUUGAUGAAUGUCGAUGUCUUUCUCUUGCCCGUUCUGCUGAUCCUGACAUUCAGCCAACACUAUCAUCAUUCCCUCCUGAGUGCGUACUCUGGAUUGCAAUAGCCCAAGAGAAAGACGUUGAUCCAAGUAAGCACUUGCGUCAUCUUAUUUUUGAUGACAAAAUAUCUCAACCUCAAAAUGGCAAAUUUAAACAAAUUCUCCUGGAAGAAAUACUUAGAUGUCCACCAUCCAUACUUCCAUUUUGGCCAAACUUCAGGGAACCUCAAAAGCCAUUCAGUGGUACUAUUCAAAUACCCAAGGUAGUGGAUCAUCUUGCUUCGGUGGGCCUGAUGCCUUCAUCUGACACAAAAUUAGUUGUACGUGAUAUGACUGACCCCAAAACUGAAAGACGUCCUUUCUUUCGACAACUUGAAAAGCUAGACAUUCCAUUAUGCACAAGUCCCGAUGCAUCUGAUAAGGCAGUCUAUACUUUUGGAUCAAGAGUUGUUUCGUCUAUACCAGUAGCAGAGUUUGUAUAUGGGGGUAAUACAAACAUACAAGUCUAUGUAAAAGAUCGUGAUACACCUACUGAAACGCCUGAAUCGCCAAAGACAUAUAAUCCUAAAACAUUUGCUAAAUUCCUUUACAAGCUUGGUUUUGGAAAUGAUGAUGACAUAAUUGCUAAAAGAGCAAAUCAAGGUCAGAUGAACAAACGGAAGAAGCUCCGUCAAUGGAAGGAUCUUGUGUUUAAUGAAGCAACAUUUGCACAUUUCUUCCUUUCAAGGGCUGGCCUACCUUUAAGAUCGUCACGUGUCUCUGAAGGACCCAAUUUGAACAUUGAAAUUAACUCAGACAGCAUAGUAUUUUUGGCAGCGACUUCAGGUGGGUUUGAAGGAUAUCAAAAACGAGCUGAAAUUCACAUCACUGAUAAGGAAAAGGCAAACUAUUCAUUCAAGGAAGUACGCCCGCUCGACGGACCAGAAUGUUUUAUUGUACAUCACAAACACGCCGACUCACUGUGUUUGCUUCGAGAUUGCCGAAUAUGCAAAGGUGAACUUGAACACAUUCUCAACAGACUUGGAGUCAUAGAGAAGGCAGCUCAGGAGCGUAGUGAUGUGUCUGUCCAUGAGAUUGAACUCAGCAAAACCCGAAAUGUUUUGGCUCAAAACGAGAAGCCAAGAAGUGACUUAGACUGGUCAGAUGUCAUCUUGUUGGACGACAGGACAAAACCAACAUUCGAAAAAGACUUUCUUGUAUCUUGCCAAGUCCCUGUCGUUGAUAAGACGACACUGCAGCUAAACAAGAAGGACGCCUUUGGUGACCCACGCGAAGUGUUGUACAUACGCCCAACUCAGUUUCAAGGGUUGGAAAGAAAGGUUGUCAUUGUCAUACAGAAAUGUGAGGAACCGUGUUCUGUCUUGGCAAUUAGCAGAUGUGUUUCGCAGCUAAUUUUCAUAAAACUAUGACAGUUAUGUUGCAUCAUGUUGUCAACAAAUACCAGCUGGAUUUAGUCGUAUUGACCGCCCUGAUUUCUUCACGCCAGUGACAAAAUUAUCUUGAUUUGAUUUUAGUCAUGGAGGGGUUGGUGAGCCUGUUAAUAUUCGAGUCUGGACCAGACAAACCAUGCAUGACGGGUGAAUGCAUGACGAGUGUCCCAGACCAUAAGGAAAGGAAUCAACCAAGUCACCGAGCCUGACCCCUUCUUCGGCGUGCAUAUGAUACUUCAGCCUUAUUAUUAAUUUUUCUGUUAUCCAAUGAAAUGAUUUUGAAUGGACAUUCAACUCUCAGGCCAAAUCAUUGAUCAGUAGUGAGUUUUAAGUAUGCAGAAAGUAUCCUAUGAAACUAGCCCUAUUCUGCUCGUAUGUGUCAUAUAAUGCCAUAUAACAUGUAACCUUUCACUGUACAGUUAAUAGAUUUGUAUCUUAGUUGGAUCACUAUGCUUUAUUUUACAAUAAGCUUUAUGUUUUGUUGGAAAUUUUGAUGAUGGCUACAAAGCUAACUAUGUCCACAGACCUCUAUCAAGUGCCAUGCGAUAAGAAAAAUGCAUGUGACGACAUUUCUUAAAGAGCAUUCAUGCUCUGUUCACCAUCUUUAGUCUAUGACCUCUCUACCAUGGGAUCUUACUUUGAUAUUGGUCAAGAAUAGUCAGAGGUCAAGGUUAGCUUGGGGCAAUGGAUUUACAGGUUUGAACUCGUACUGCAGAAGGCAUUUUUCUCCCCAAACUCAAAUAAUGUCAUUAGACUGGUACAUCUGGGGCAUUAGGGAAAUGAGGGUCACAUGUAAUCAAUGUUUAAUGUUCAAAAGAUGUACACUGGUUCAAAGGGCAAAUUUAACAUAUAUGUAUAUAUACUUUUUGCUGCCAGAUAUCCCAUAAUCGUAAAUAUGUUCGAAAAUUAUGUUCAAUUCUAUCUCUGUAUGUACAUGUGUAUCUAUAUCAACAAUUUGCAAUUUGUCAUUUACUUUGUCGUGUUUUAAUGUCCUCUCUAGCAUUUAUCUAUCACAUAUACACUUAUACAUUUUCACGUGCAGAUCGUUUGACAUAUUCUCUAAAUAUUCUUGUGAGGGUUUAAUAUUUUGCCAUAAUAUGAAUUAUACAUGUAGAUUAUUAAGGGAAUAAACUGACGUUAAUU